CAUUAUGUCCCACGUGACCUGAGUAACGUGACGUCCGUUGCUUCAAACCCAGGAAGUGUUUGUUACGUCAGAAAUGUCUCCAAACUUCGUGCAUCAGCACCUAAGCGGACAGCGUCACUUCUAAACCCGUCGUGGAUCCUAUCGCCAGCUGGGAACCGAGUCAGCCGUUGUGUUUGUAACAUGAGGAUAUGGAGGAGCGGAAACUAAAGCGGAAAAGUCCCCGGCCCUCAGCCAAUCCGGUGCCAGCUGUGGCAGUGGGGGGCGGGUCCGGGCGGAAGAACAUCACGGGCGAAGGCGCCGCUCACACGCAGACGGGGACGCAGAGGUCCAAGAGUCGGAGGGGUGUCAGGGACAAGUCCAAGUCCUUGCCGGCCUCGGGGGUCAAAGCCACCCCCACCCCGGGCCCCGGGGCCCCUAUCAUCCAGCACUCGUUCCUGACGGACGUGUCCGAUGUCCAGGAGAUGGAGAAAGGCCUUCUGGGUCUCCUCAAUGACUUCCACUCAGGGAAGCUUCAAGCGUUUGGCAACGAGUGCUCCAUCGACCAGAUGGAGCAGGUGCGUGAGAUGCAGGAGAAGUUGGCGCGGCUGCACUUUGACCUCUACGGCGAAGUGGACGGGAUGCCCGACGACCAGCGCAAGGCCGCCUGCGACAGCAACAUGGACAAGCUGCUCAACAACGCGGGUCUUCAGCAUGGUCCACUGGUCCUGGAUUUGGUCAACAGCAACCCCAGAGGAUGUGAGCACGUCUUUAAAGUGUACAGUCAAAACCUCCACUUCAGAUUCACCAAAUUCUGGAGACACAGAUAGGCUGGAGGAGCUGAGCUCAUCAAUUCAGAAGCUGAACCUGGCCGACUCCCAGGAGAUCCCCCGGACAGCCAGCAUCUGACCUCCUCUUCCUCCUUCUCUCUCUCUCUCGCGCUCUCUAUCUCAGCGCGGAGGGGCCCGUGUCGGAGCGUGUCAACACUAUCUGGUUCACUAUUAUCAUUGAUUAUCACCGAUCGACCAGCAUUCUGAGCAGUGCACCAGCAGUCAAUGGAUUAACAAAUGAUUUGAAUGGAUGAAUUGUUGAUUCCCACUCUGCCCCCUCUCCCCCUCUCAUCACUUCUCGUUCCCACUAAGUGUUGGCUCGGUCAGCUUCGGUUCGCUGGUCUCAAGUUUUUAUCAAAGGGUGUACAGUUCUACUAGGGACUCCUCUUAAGGUCAGAGGUCAAUCUCAACUGCCACAUUUUGUAUUGUACACCGAAAGGUUUAUGGGUAAGGGGGUGGGGUAAAUCCUCGAAACAUAUUGUAUUAUAAUAUAUCUUUAGCUCCGGUCACUUUAGACGAUGUCAUUGUCUCACUCUCGAGUCAGCGUUGAAAAAAGAAACGCGAUCCCGAAUGACUUUUGCAAUAAGCAGUCUCCGAUCGUCGGGUAUGUAAGUUUUUAGUCUCCUUAUCGGGGGCACCAUGGAGAACUGUGCUUCAGUCAGCAGAACCUGAAAUCCCAGCCAGCUAACAAACAAAAAAAUGUGUUUAGCGGAAAUGUAGUCCUCUCUAUCCUGUUCUGAGUCCGUCUAAAAUGAGACGAUGGGAUUAGAUCUUAAGAUUUAUGGAUUCCUAGAUCUUUAGAUUUAUUGAUUUCUAGAUCUCAAAAUGUCUGGGUACCUACCUAUAUCUCUAGAUUGCUUGGUCUCUAGAUUUAUUGAUUUCAAUAUCUAUAUCUCUUAUAAUAAAUCUAAAUUAAUAAUUGAUAAGUUUUUUAUAGCGCUUAUCUAUAUGCAUCUAGAUUUCUUGCUCUCUAGAUUUCUAGAUCUCUACAUCUGUGUCUCUAGAUUUCUGGAUUUCUAGAUCUCUAGAUUUGUUAUAAGCGCUAGGGUCAAUGAAUGAUGAAGAAUGAUUUUCUUUGGGUGGGAUCCCAAAUUGCAAAAUUGCUAUUUAUUCUGACUAAGAUCAAAAAACAGUAUUGUUUGUUAUUUUUAUAGAUUUCUAGAGCUCUAGUUUUCUUGAUUUCUAGAUCUCUAGAUUUUUGGGACCCUAUAUUUCUAGAUUCCUGGGUCCCUAGAUCUCUAUAUUUCAGGGUCUCUAGAUUUAUAGAUCUCUAGAUUUCUGGGUCUCUGGAAACAGGGUCUCUUGUGAACCGAGUUUGAAAGUGGAAUUACAUUCAGGCUACGCGAGAUCGACCGAAGUGGUUUUUGAGAGAUGUUUGACCUCUUACCUGAAACGGCUGCAGCCUUUACCUUGGGUUGGACUCCACACGACAAAUCUAAAAUCGUAGCUUUGAUUGUAGAAUUUGAUUCGCAGUAAAACACGUUUACCCCAAAAACACUUACGUGUAAAUGAGUUCCGGGCUGAAUGAACGAUAAAGAAUGUUUUGUUUUUGUGUGUGACCCCCGAAUUGCAAAAUCUCUUUUGAUCUGACUAACAUCAAAAACAGUAUCGUUUGUUGUUUUUGUUCAUAUUUGCACAUAUCUGCUCAUAUUUGUGAACAAACCAUGCCUUACCUUACUUUACUAAUCAUAUGAUCGCCUUGUUCUGAAUUCGUAGGUUUUAUUCGUUGAAUUUAAUAUAUUUUAGUCGAGGCUGAAGAUGCAAUGGUUGUUUGCUGCUUGUAUCGAAAAGGAAAAAAGAUUUAUAUUUUUUGUGUGUGUGCGUCUCGAGUUACUUAUUAUUGUAACAACCACAGUUUCUUGAUUUCGCUUAGACGUCUACGGUAAUAAAAAAAUGACUAUUGAAAUCCUA